GUACCAGCGGUUACCCGCUAAGACAAGAUUGGAGAAAAGAAAACCCGUCACAUUGCCAUUCCCAAGAUAUCAAAUGCAUGAAGUACAUUUUACUUAGCAUUGCAUUUUGAAAGAUAGAAAGAUGUGUACGGGUACCAGACCUCUCUCACUUCAAUCUCUCCCGCCAGUAUCUCCUACUACACCACCACGAAGUCAAACAACCCUCAAACCUACACUCCCGGCGCACAAUAGCACCGCAGGCACACCACUAUAUAUAGCUUGCGCCACCAAUGGAAGCAGAAGCAGAAGCAGAAGCAGAAACAGAAGCCCAGACGAUUACCAGUCCACUCUCCAAGCUCUCAACUCCAAAGGCCGCGUCCCAAGAAAAUCCCUCGGCCAGCAUUAUAUGUUGAAUUCUGACAUCAAUGAGCAGCUGGCGAGUGCCGCCCGUGUUGAAGAAGGCGACGUGGUGCUAGAAAUUGGGCCUGGAACUGGCUCCUUGACUAAUGUUCUUUUGAAUGCCGGUGCUUUUGUGCUGGCCAUUGAAAAGGAUCCAUACAUGGCUUCUCUUGUGAGUGAAAGAUUUGCAAGUACAGAAAGGUUCAAGAAGACCAACAAUUUGGGACGGAGGGCAUCACACCUUGGAGAAGGUGUAUCACACAACCUCAAACGAAGCUUCAAAGCUUCUGAAAAGAUAACCUUCUCCAAGGUUUUGAAAGAAGACUUUGUCAAAUGUCACAUUCACUCGCACAUGAAGUUGUUGCUGGGAAGUAAAAAGUCAUUGGAUCAUCCAAAGUCAAGAUAUGCCAAAGUAGUCUCUAAUAUACCCUUCAAUAUAAGUACAGAAGUAGUGAAACUAUUACUUCCAAUGGGUGACAUUUUUUCAGAAGUUGUUCUCUUACUCCAGGAGGAGACGGCAGUGCGCUUGGUGCAAUCAUCUUUGCGAACAUCAGAGUACCGACCUAUCAAUAUCUUCGUCAAUUUCUAUUCAGAUCCUGAAUACAAGUUUAAGGUCCCACGGACAAAUUUUUUCCCUCAGCCCAAUGUUGAUGCUGCUGUUGUCAUAUUUAAGCUCAAACAAGCUGCAGACUAUCCCCGAGUUUCUUCCACUAAGAGCUUCUUCUCAAUGGUCAAUUCAGCAUUCAAUGGGAAACGCAAGAUGUUGCGAAAAUCACUUCAGCACAUAUGCACAUCCAUUGAAAUUGAGGAAGCUUUGGGAAGUGUUGGCCUUCCAGCUACAUCGAGACCAGAGGAGCUUACCAUGGAUGAUUUUGUGAAGUUGCAUAACUUGAUUGUGAAAGUAUAGUGCUUUCUGGUUUUCAUGAAAGGGAAUCAAAGCAAACACCCACAAAAUUGGUGCGCACACACUGUUACACCUCAUUGUUGGAAUUGCACCAGAUAUUAUUUAAAUAUUGAAGUCAACAUUCAACAAUGAAAAACAUUUGCCCGACAUUUUCCAUAUGAGUGGCGUCCAUGCUUAAAGCUAAUGGUGAAAUCGCGGAGACAAAUGGGUCGUGGGCGAAUCUCUUUUCACAUAGAUAUUCCAAGGGCUGUAGCCAGCAUACUUAAUAGUGGAAGUAGCAUCUUUCAAGUGCAUACAGUGAAUUUUAUCAUGAAGUAACCCAAAAGUAUUGCAUUAGCAAUUUAGCAGGACGCUUCAAAUUAUAAGCAAUGUUUACUGUAUAUUACAUGUAAUACUCUAUUGUAAAUAAAGGCUAAUAAUAAUUCAAGACAAAAUGCCACGGUGUUGCGUUCUUUUUA